CAAGGAUCUCCUUGUCCUUCGUCUUGGCUCCACAACAUCACAACUGAUACUAGUAAGUAAGAAAAUAAUGGCUCCGGUGAAGGUGUACGGGCUGCCCAUGAACGGAAGCGUGGCGCGCGUUCUGGCAUGCCUAGAGGAAGUGGGAGCCGAGUAUGAGGUCGUGGCCGUCGACCUACACACCGGCGAGCACAAGAGGCUGCCACAUCUUGCUCGUAAUCCCUUCGGCCAGGUCCCCGCGUUCCAGGAUGGAGACCUGGUCCUCUUUGAAUCACGUGCAAUCUCAAAGUAUAUACUCCGGAAAGGAUCAUCAGAUUUACUGAGGGAAAACAACCUCUCUGAGUCCGCAAUGGUUGAUGUGUGGCUUGACGUCGAAUCCCAGAAAUUUGACAGCGUCAUGCUGCCAAUCAUCUUUCAAGGUCUCGUCAUCCCGGUUUACAUGGGUGGGACUAGCGAUCUCAAAGUUCUUGAAGAAAACCUAGAGAAACUGAAGGAAAUCAUGGAAGUCUAUGAGGAACGCUUGUCCAAGUACAAGUACUUGGCAGGAGAUUUCAUUAGCUUAGCGGACAUUAGUCAUUUCCCAAUGGUUCACCUAUUGCAUGAAACUCCCUAUGCGGCGGUGCUUGAUGCAUAUCCACAUGUGAAAGCAUGGAUUGCUGGCGUAAUGGAUCGGCCUACUGUGAAGAAGGUCAUGGGGCUUAUGAAGACAUUUGGUUGACAAAUAACUAUAUGGUAAUUUGUGUGCAUUAAAGAUGAAUGUUGUUGGAACAUGAUGUGGUUGUGGUUUCAAAAUACUAUGAUUUCAAUAAAGGGGACAAAAUAUGUAAUAGAUAGUGCCUCUUUGCUCUGA